AUGCCUUGCGGACUCGGAGGAUCGAAGACGGUGCAGCGCAAGCUCGUCUUGCUGGGUGAUGGUGCUUGUGGGAAGACGUCGUUGCUGAACGUCUUCACUCGAGGCUAUUUCCCCACCGUAUACGAGCCGACCGUAUUCGAGAACUACGUCCACGACAUAUUUGUCGACAAUGUCCACAUCGAGCUUUCGCUGUGGGAUACCGCUGGGCAGGAGGAAUUCGACAGGUUACGGAGUCUCUCAUAUGACGACACGGACCUGAUCAUGCUCUGCUACUCUGUGGAUAGCAAGGAUUCCCUUGAGAACGUUGAGAGUAAAUGGGUGGGCGAGAUCGCCGAUAACUGCCCCGGCGUCAAACUCGUCCUGGUGGCGCUGAAGUGCGAUUUGCGAGAGGCGUCCGAGGACGAAGAAGGGACAAACGAGGACGGCAGCCCGCGGGAAAAGAAGCCGAUGAUCAACUACGAUCAGGGUUUGGAAGUUGCCCGCCGCAUCCACGCCCUGCGAUAUCUGGAGUGUUCCGCCAUGCGCAACAGGGGAGUCAACGAGGCCUUCACCGAGGCCGCUCGUGUCGCCUUAUCAGUUAAGAAAGAGCGAGAGGAUUCCAAGUGCACCGUCAUGUAGACGGCCAUUGUGCAGCGUGCACUGACGGCUUUCAACAACACGAGCUCUAACGGACGGGACCAUGACGGACCACGACUUUUCUAUCGAGGACGACUGGAUCACCUGAACCUUGACGAGCCCUUUCAGCCCUAUCAAAUUACUAGGCGUCGGCGUCUUGCGAUUGUUAUACAACUGAGUUUAAUUCACUUUCCCCAUUUCGAUAUUAUUCGACCGAGGCGAUUGCUGGGUCUGCAUUCGGAUUUACACGUGAGGGGUUCGACGGUUGCCGGUUA